AUGCCACAUCUACCAGGCAUGUCCAACCUGAUCAGCAUCACCACCAACUGCUCAUCUGGUUGCCUGCUGGGAGAUGUGAUUGUACCUGUUGCCAACUGUGGGGUCCAGGAAUACAACUCCAACCCCAAGGAGCACAUGUCCUUCCGAGACUACAUCAGCUACUGGAAGGAGUACAUCCAGGGGGGCUACAGUUCCCCUCGGGGCUGCCUCUACCUCAAGGACUGGCACCUGUGCAGGGAGUCUACAGUGGAGGACUUGGAGGAUGUGUUCACUCUUCCCGUGUACUUCUCAUCUGACUGGCUGAAUGAGUUCUGGGAUGCUCUGGAUGUAGAUGACUACCGAUUUGUCUACGCAGGGCCCAAGGGCAGCUGGUCGCCCUUCCACGCGGACAUAUUCCGCUCCUACAGCUGGUCAGUCAACAUCUGUGGGAGGAAGAAGUGGUUGUUAUUCCCACCUGGGCAGGAAGAGGCCCUGCGUGACUGCCAUGGCAGCCUGCCCUAUGACGUGACGGCCCCUGUGCUCCUGGAUGCCCGCCUGUACCCCCGGUCCCAGCACAGCAGCCCGCCCCUGGAAGUCCUGCAGGAGGCUGGAGAGAUGGUGUUUGUACCCAGUGGGUGGCACCACCAAGUGUACAACCUGGAUGACACCAUCUCCAUCAACCACAACUGGGUCAAUGGAUACAACCUGGCCAACAUGUGGCACUUCCUACAGCAGGAGCUCCAGGCUGUACAGAGGGAGAUAAGCGAGUGGAAGGACUCCAUGCCCGACUGGCACCACCACUGUCAGGUCAUUAUGAAAUCCUGCUCCGGGAUCAACUUUGAAGAGUUUUACCACUUUCUGAAGAUCAUUGCUGAAAAGAGGCUCCUUGUCCUAGGGCAGGGGCCAGAGGUUUUCAAGGACAGCCCGGGCCCAGGGCUAGGCCACCAGCAGGCUGCAUUUGAUGUUAGCCGCCUUGUGGAAGUGCUGACCUCUCUGAUCACACACCCUGACUUCCAGAGAAUAGACACCAGCACCUUCUCACUGCAGCCAGAAGAGCUGCUUGCACAGCUGAAAGACGCCAUGUCCAGUACUGCAGCCCUGUAGUGCCUGUGGGGGUGCCAGUGCGCAGCGGACUUCUGCCUCUGACUCCUUCACGAAUUAUAGGCUGUAGCAGGGUGCCAGCGGCUCAUGCCUGUCAUCCUAGCUACUCAGGAGGCUGAGAUCUGAGAAUCAGGA